AUGGUCAAGCCAUUGAGCUUCAAGGGCGACAAGAAGCCCAAGAAGCGGAAGCGCGCUGCUGAUGCCGACCGAGACGAUGGCGAGGCCGGCCCUUCGCGGGUCCAAAAGCUCAACAACGACGACGACGCCGCCGCCGUCGACGAUGACAGCUGGGUUUCUGCGGAUGUUGCGACGGACGUGGUUGGGCCCGUCAUGAUUGUGUUGCCCACCGAGAAGCCGUCUGCGCUGGCGUGCGACCCCAACGGCAAGGUGUUUGCGAUGCCGAUUGAGAAUAUCGUCGACGGAAACCCCACGAGCGCGGAGCCCCAUGAUGUGCGCAUGGUGUGGGUUGCGAACAAGGUAUCCGGCACGGAUAACUUUCGCUUCAAGGGCCAUCACGGACGAUACCUGGCCUGUGACAAAAUAGGCUUCCUAUCCGCCACGUCGGAAGCCAUUUCUCCCCUCGAGUGCUUCAACGUCAUCGCCACGGCCGACACCCCCAGCACUUUUCAGCUGCAAACCCUCCGCGAGACGUUCGUCACCAUCAAGCCCAGCACGUCGUCCAAGUCGACUUCUCCUGCAGAAAUACGCGGCGACGAGGACAAAAUCACAUUCAAUACGACCAUGCGCAUACGUAUGCAGGCCCGGUUUAAGCCUAAGCUCAAGGCGUCCAAGGAGGAAAAGGCCCUGUCGAAGAUUAGUAGGCGGGAGUUGGAGGAGGCCGUGGGCAGGAGGCUGGAUGAGAACGAGGUGAAGGUGCUGAAGAGAGCAAGGAGGGAAGGCGAUUAUCAUGAGCGUCUGUUGGAUUUGAAGGUGAAGAAUCGACAUGACAAGUUUGGAUGA